GGCCCUACGUCAGCCGCGGGAAAUCCCCCUCUCGCCGGGCUGCGAACCCCUUGGACCUGCCGGUGCUCGAGGCCGCGCUCCACCCCCUGCCCCCAGCUCCUGCACCCUGGACGGGCGACGCCGGGUGACCCGAAACGCGAGAAUUAAGGGGGUGGGAAGGUGUGAGCCACAAACCCAGAGGAGGGCGGGAAGGAGGAGGAGGCCGCGGGGCUGGCCAGGGGACCUGGGGGUCCCGCCGGCAGAGGUCCCUGAGCCGCCCUACUGACUGGCGGGCUGACUGAGUGCAGUGGCCUCCAGUCCGGACGCUUGGAACGCGGCGGCGUGGUGAGCGGAGCCAUGGCCUCCGGUGGGUAUAACCCAUACAUAGAGAUAGCGGAACAACCCAGGCAGAGGGGGAUGCGUUUUAGAUACAAAUGCGAAGGGCGAUCAGCAGGCAGCAUUCCAGGGGAGCACAGCACAGACAACAACCGAACAUAUCCUUCUAUCCAGAUUAAGAACUAUUACGGAAAAGGAAAAGUAAGAAUUACAUUAGUAACAAAGAAUGACCCAUAUAAACCUCAUCCUCAUGAUUUAGUAGGAAAAGACUGCAGAGAUGGCUACUACGAAGCAGAAUUUGGACAAGAACGCAGACCUUUGUUUUUUCAAAAUCUGGGUAUUCGAUGUGUAAAGAAAAAAGAAGUAAAAGAAGCUAUUAUUUCAAGAUUAAGGGCAGGAAUCAAUCCUUUCAAUGUCCCUGAACAACAGCUACUUGAUAUUGAAGAUUGUGACCUCAAUGUGGUGAGAUUGUGUUUUCAAGUUUUCCUCCCUGAUGAGCAUGGGAAUUUGACAGCUGCUCUACCUCCUGUUGUCUCUAACCCAAUUUAUGACAACCGUGCUCCUAACACAGCAGAAUUAAGGAUUUGUCGUGUAAAUAAGAACUGUGGAAGUGUCAGAGGAGGAGAUGAAAUAUUUCUACUCUGUGACAAAGUUCAGAAAGAUGACAUAGAAGUUCGGUUUGUGUUUAACGAUUGGGAAGCAAAAGGUAUCUUUUCUCAAGCUGAUGUACACCGUCAAGUAGCCAUUGUUUUCAAGACUCCACCAUAUUGCAAAGCCAUAACAGAACCAGUAACAGUAAAAAUGCAGUUGCGGAGACCUUCUGACCAGGAAGUUAGUGAAUCUAUGGAUUUUAGAUAUCUGCCAGAUGAAAAAGAUACUUACGGCAAUAAAGCAAAGAAACAAAAAACAACUCUACUUUUCCAGAAACUAUGGCAGGAUUGUGCAGUUAAUUUUCCUGAAAGACCUAGACCUGGCCCUCUAGGAUCAACUGGAGAAGGAAGAUUCAUCAAAAAAGAAUCAGACUUAUUUCCUCAUGGUGCACUUUUGACAGAAAUGACCAGACCUCCAGGAGUUUCAAGUCAAGCAGAAUCCUACUAUUCCUCAUCUGUACCCAUGUCAAGUGCCCAUCAUGCUUCAGCCAUAUCCUCAAUGGUACCUCCGCCACCUUCAAGCUGGUCAUCAGUGGCCCACCCCACAUCAUGCUCAGUCAAUGCAAAUCCACUGAGUAGUUAUUCAGCAGGGGCACUUCCCUCUAAUUCACAGGGUAUUUCACCAUUUCUGGAAAUACCCGUUGGGAGCGAUUUGAAUGCUCCUAACACUUGCAUUUAUAACAAUACUAAUGACAUAGGCAGAAUGGAAGCAUCAUCCAUGUCACCAACUGACUUAUAUGGUAUUUCUGAUGCCAGCAUGCUGCCUAAUUGCCCUGUGAAUAUAACACCAAGUAAUGACAGCAUGAGGGGAACUGAUAAUCCGAGACUUGUGAGCAUGAAUCUUGAGAGCCCCUCUUGCAAUUCAGUGUUAGACCCAAGAGACUUAAGACAGCUCCAUCAAAUGUCCUCUUCCAGUAUAUCAGCAGGCACCAGUUCCAAUACUACUGCUUUUGUUUUACAGUCAGAGGCAUUUGAGGGAUCUGACUUCAACUGUACAGAUAACAGUAUGAUAAGUGAGUCAGGACCAGCAAAUGGUACCAAUCCAGACAGUCAUAGUUUUGUUCAUAGUCAGUAUGCAGGUAUUGGCACUAUGCAGAAUGAGCAGUUGAACGACUCAUUUGCAUUUGGCUUUUUUCAAGUUAAUUUGUGAGACUUAAAUGGUGGUUCAAGAUUUAAAUCCUUUUAAAUGUUUGUAAACAUUUUGUUGUUACCUAUAUAGAUGUAGCAUUUUAUAUUUGACUGACCAAGACUACAACUUGAGGGUUUUUUGGGGUUUUUUGGGUUUUGUUUUUGAGGAAUGAUAAUUUGAAAACUUCUUUAUCAAGGAGAAGUAUAAAAUUCUGGGUAUAUAGGGGAUACCUUUAAUAGGCAAUCCUGGCUCUGGAGCUCCUUGUUUAGCUGGAGACAGUUUGUCAGGAUAUAAUGAAAGAAGAAUGCUCACAGCUGAAGCUGCAACAGAGAGAGAUGAACUCUUCCCAACUCCAGGAAGAGCUGGAAAAAGUCCAGCAUUUACAGAAGACUUUUGCUUCAAGAGAAGAUAAAUUCACACAGACUGAAUUUCUAGACUAUCAAUGAUGCCCUGUGGAAUCCAACAUACACUGAAGGUUUAUUUAAACCAGUUUAUCAGCCUAAGUUAAAUCAUUAUUUGACCAUAAGGAUAUAUAAAGAAUUUGUGACAUUAAAUAUUGAAUGAAAUUAAUUUUUCCAUUAAAAGACAAAAACACAACUUUUGUUACGUAGGAUACAAAGUUGGAAACUGUCAUAAAGGAAAAUUCCUAAAUAGAAAUUUAAAAGAGCUUUAUCAUUUCUUCUUUUGAAACAUGUGACCUGAUACAGUGUGUGUUGGGAAUUAUCUUUAGAGCCCUACCACAUUUCUCCAGGACAGACUGACACCAGAGCAGGCUCCAGUUAUUCUAAAUAUCCUUUUUUAUACUUCUUUAUUAUUAAUCUAUUCUUAGUUAAAUGAAUUAGCUGAUAUUUGCUUUUAAGCAAAUCUAAGGUAAAACUGGUAAUGGCUAUGUCAUUGGAAAAAUUUAUUUCUUCUUAUUUUUGAGGCCCAUGGGCCAAGGUGACCCCUAAGGGGUUUUCUGAGGCUUUUUGGAGUUUCUUAGAUUUAUAUGUAAAUCAUAAUUUCUUUAAAAGGCUAAGUUGGGCAGAAGGCUAUUGAAGUGAGCUUUCAAGGUAUGGGAGGUUCUUUAUAUAAUGGACUAUUUAAAUCCAUACCUUCAUAAUUGCUUGUAUUUUAGCUUUACACCCAUGUUUUUAAAGGGAAGAAGUUUUCUUGGACUCUUCUUGUUUCUUUUUUUGUGUCCUCCCUCACUUAUGAUCUCAUCCAAUUUCUUGCUGUUAACUUCUAAAUUUUACCCCUAACUUAGACCUAUCCCCUGAGCUCCAGACUUGGAACUUGUAUGUGUGUGUACAACUGCUUAUUUAACAUCUACCUAGAAACCUAAUUAAAGCUUAACUCAGUGUAUACAGAACUGAGUUCUUGAUCUCCUCUCCCAAACUUGCUUCUCCUUCUGUCUUCCCCAACUCAGUAAAUGGCAAUGCCAUGCUUCUAGUUGCUCAGACCCAAAACUGUGGCAUCAUCCUUGGUUUUUGCUUUAUUUCCUCUAUCUAACCCAUCAGCAAAUCUGGUAGGUCCUACUUUCAGAAGACAUCCAAAGCUGACCAUCUCUCAUAUAUUUGUUUUUCUUUGAGACAUAUGCACAGCUCACUCCUUAAAUCCUUCAGUCUCCCUCAACUGUUACCUGGCAUGGCCUUCCUUUGCUCUAUAUACUUCAGCACUCCGCGAUCCUCCCCGACCUCUUUGCAUUUGUCCAUAGCACUUACCAUAAUCUGACUUUACUAAGCAUUUAUUUGUUUACUGUUUGUUCUCCUAUACUGGAAUAUAAGCUCCCUAAGGGUAGAAACAUUCAUGUUCUGUUUGUUGAAUUCCCCAGUGUGUAGAAUAGUGUCUGCCACAUACUAAGCAUUCAGUAAAUAUUUAUUGAACUUUCAAAAUACUACUAAUAGAACUUUUUAAAAAGAAUGAAUAGCUUUAUUUAUUAGAUUUUUUUAUUUUAUGAUUUUUAUAGUUCUGUUUAAUGUGACAUUGGGUUUAUAGCAGAAUAAUGUACAUUCAAGUUGAGAAUUAAGAAUAGUAAUCCAAAUUGUUUGAGAGCAAAGUAGGCAAAAUGAUGAUAGAAUUGGAGCAAUAAUCUUAAUUAUGAUGUAACUGGCAUAAUACUAAGUAACUUAUUAAAGACCUCAUUUAUUUUGCCAUUGGGACCUACCAUGAAUGUUGAACAUAUUCCUAGCUAAAAACAAUGUAUCAUUUCACUUUUGUAGCAUCCAACAAAACCAUAAAUUUAUUGGAACAAUUAAAAACUAGUCAAUUUAGUGAAAAUGGGGAAUAUGUGAAUGUCAUAUAAAUAAAAAUUCUGAGUUGAAUGAUACUGGGAACCAUAGGAAGGAGAGAAAAAUAAGACUUUGGGUUAGAAUGGUUUAUCAAACAAAAGAAAAAAGAUUAAAGACACCUACAUACCAUUAAUAUUUCUCAGAAAUUAUGAUUUCAAAAUGAAACAUUUCUUUUACAUAAUUUUAAAAAUCAUAAGCAUAUAACGUAUUUUAGCAGAACUUAACCAGGGAGAAACAAAAACCUGAGGGCAUAAUUUCUUUCCUGUUCAACAUAUGAACCCAGGGUAUCUCCAGAUAAUGGUUAAAAGGUGGUGAGCUUUUUAAAAAAUACAGGAUCCUAUAAUUUUGUAUUAAUUAGCACUGAUCAAAUUAAAAACUGUUAGAGUAUCUAAAUAGAUUUUUUAAAAUUAGAUAAGCAAUUGAGUUGUUCUGCUAGUAAUUUUUUUCCUGUGUAAGCUGAAUUAAGGUACUGUUACAUCUGUGUUUAGAGUAUUUCCAGUGGAUUUUCAUUUUUUAGGUGCUAUUUACCGAUCAUAGAAUGUAUUUUGUAACUUAAAAAGAAUUUGGCUUUUCCUGUCUUGAAAUGUAUUUAUACUUCCACCUAUUCUUGUAAUACCCACUUUAAGUUUCUGAGGAAGAGGUGACCUACCUUUCUAAACUCUACAUGUACCUCUUCCUUUCUCUCUCAUCUUUUUUCUGUGUCCUUACAUCACUAUUAAGUGCUUCUUUUCUUUGUAUAAACAUGGUAAAUGUCUUCUUCAGCCUAACAGAAAACGAAAAGACCUUUCCUACCACCCUCAUGCUCCUUCCCAUCACAUCCAGACUUAUGCUUUCAUUUCUGUUUCCUCACUUCCCAGUCACUCCCUAGCCUAUCAAUCUUUCCCUUUUACCUCCUACUAUUUUGUUAUGCUAUCCUGGGAAAAAUGACCAGAGACUCCCUCCCUUGUCAAAUCUAGUGUCUUUCUAUCAGUCAUCACCCAGUUUACCCAUCCAUGACCUUAUCCACCACUCCCUCUUUGGGUACUCCUCUGAGGUUUCUGCGAUAGGUAAUUUUUUUCCAGAAUCUCAACCCCAGCCCUCAGUUGGUGCUACUUUUUCUCCUGCAUGACCUCAUCAGUGCCCAUAGCUUCAGCUUUCUCUCAUGCUACCAGAAUGUUUAUCUAAAGUGGCUCCUUUUGCAUUCUUUACUUUGACUAAUGGCAUUACCAUUUACCCUGCCACCCAGGAUAUUUAAUAGGAACUUCAAAAUCAUGUUUUACUUUUUCUCCCUCACACUCAGACUUAGUUAUGAAGUCCUUUUGAAUGUGCCUCCUAAAAGUUUCUUGCAUUUGUCCCUCUUUCAUUCCUGCUGCUUUCUUAGUAUAGGCCUUCAUUCUUUACUCUGGGUAAAAAUAAUACCCCUUUCCCUCUUGCACCCAAUUUCAUAGGCAUCAUUGAAAAACCUCUCACUCUCAGGCUUCCAGGCCUCCAUGCUUAACAUAAUAUCCACUUUGCCUCUUCUACAGCUGUACAACAUGUAUCCUUAAGACUGGGCUUUUUAACCUUUUGCCUCUUACAGUAUUAACUGUUUUAGGUAGAAAUUGUAUAGUUGCUAGGAUUAUCUCAUAUCACUGAUCCAGCUUCUCUCUACUAUAUGUGGCAGGUUUAAUCUUAGUUCUCCCUCUGGGCAUUUCCUCAGUUCCUUACCCUUGAACAGACGUUCCAGUAUUGAUGUAAACAAUCCUAUUUCACAUUUUUGAAUGUCUAAUGUGUUAGGUGCUAGAAAUGACACAGAGGUGAAUAAGACAAAACUCUUGCUCUCAGAGAUAUCAGUCUUUUUCUUUUGAGGGGUAAACAUACACAGUAAAAUGCAUAAAGUGGACUAAUAUUAAAUGUACAGCUUGAUGAAUUUUUAUAUAUGUGAACAGUCAUUUCUGGCACACCAAAAGUUUCCUUCAUUCUCCUUGCUGCUCUACCUGCUCCUCAAAACAACUAUUCAGAUUUCUGUCUUUAGAACCUGCUAUCUUAAAUGGCCUUUUAAAUUAAUAACAGGGUUUCUUAAAAAUUCAGUGAUCAGAUACAGCUGGCUUUUCAAUUUCUAACCUAGUGCUCCAGAAAAACUAAUUAUACUGUCCAUGUUAAGAGAUACUCGGAAUCGGUAUUAGGCUGCCUAGUAGCACCAAAUAAUGUGUUACAUCAUUAGCUGAUUUAUUGAGGGAUUAAAGAAUUAACAGUGUGAUACUAAAUAGCAUGGAGAAAUAGAAAAAAAUUCGGAAUUUUUUGUCAGAACAUCUGAGUUAGAAUCUUUAGCUCUGCCACUCAAAUUUUAUAGUGUUUACAAGUAACACCUUCUUUGGGCCCAACUCCUCAGAUAUAAAAUGCAAAUAAUACCCAGCCUACCUACCUCACAAGGUGUGUUGUAUUAAAUAAAAUAAUGCAUAAAAGGAACACUGUAAAUUGUAUAGUUCUAAUCAAAUACUGUUUAUGAACCAAUGGCUGUAUGUAUCUGUGACCCUAAUUAACCUAUAAUCUGAACACUCCUUCCCGUUAACUAAUACAUGGCAGAAUGAGAAAAAUCACCAUGGAUUAGAUUCUUUAGUAAGAACUCUAACGUGGGUUUUUCUUUAGAGUGGCUAGCUGUUGCCCAGAUCUGGAAGACCUUCAUUUGGCCUUGUUCUUUCUAGAGUCAUUUCCUAUUGUAUAAUGAAGAUAAGGUCAAUUAACAACUUCCAAUAUUGAAAUACUAUGACUCUUGUAUUUCUUUCUCAAAGUUGACUAUGAAUUGGUAGUAAUAUGACCAUCUUCUUAAAGGGGAGUUUCAUCAUAGCUAAUGAAGUUGCCACUGAGAGAUUUCUGAUCUAUUUUGUUUUUAGAGGUUGAAAAUGAAUGUGGUAUAAAAAUAAUAGAAAAUUUCAUGCUAUUUAAUAGUAUAGGCCCAGAAGUGCUUAGCUAAAGAUAAAUGUGUGGGUUGUUUGUACCCAGUUUUGUGUCUUUGUCUAAGACUUAAGACAAAUUAGUUUCUUAACUAAUAUGUCUUAGUAGAGUUUAGUUAAAGCACAAACUUAAGAUCAGUGGAUAGAUUGAAUCUCAGAGUAAUCAUGUGUAUAAUUUUUUUCAUGCAUAGAGAAGUGUAAACCAAAAAAAACCCCAAAACUAUCAUGUCCCCAACUACCCUCACUAAUAAACAAAACAGAUAAAAAUUUUUAGAGAAUUAUUUGUUCUAAAUAGUUUUCUAUUCUAAAUAUCUGUGGCUUUAGGGAAAAACAGCACCUGCUAGUAAUUAUUUUAAAAGGGUAGAAUUUGUCAUAUUGUAUUUACUAUUGGACUUUCAAAAAUUUAAAGAAUUAAAAAAAAUUAAAUCCCUAUGUACAAACAGUAAUGUACAAUAAUUAAUAUAAAACUUUGGUAAUUCAACAAAUAGAAUUUUCAGGGGUAUCAGCAGGUAAAUAUAAAUAUUUUGUACAAGUGUCAGACAUUUAUCUUGCCUGUUUUUCUUCUUUAUUAUCUAAUCAAAACAUUGUGCUUUGCAUAAAAUGUAGUUGGAAGUAGGUAAGUCAGAGUAUUAAGGGAUCCAUUUGUGGAAUUCAGUCUUAGGAGACUUCAUUGGUGACACACUUACUUUUAUUGGAUAAUUAGUUGAAAAUGUUGGUCACUGGUGCACAGUUUAGUUUUAAGAUGAGAUGGGAAGGAAAACAAAAUUUUGCGGGUUAUGGGCAUUCUUAAAUGCACUGUUAAAAUUAACCCUUCAGAGAUGACUUCUAUUUUAGAAGAAUGUAUUUAAAAAUACUGUUGACUCUGAUGAAUCCAGAUCCUCACAGAAUGGCACUAUUCUGUUUUUUGACAGUUCUAAGUAUUUUUAUAUGCUUCUUAAUGGCUAUAAUGAAUUUGGGGGCACUGAAGAAAGUGAUUUUUUUAAAGUUCUCAGGUAUUGUUCAAUUAUUUAAUAUUAAAUGAGAUGUCAAGAUGCAAUCAUUUUUUAAAAUGUCAAUGCAUUUUAUUGUACAGAAUAUUUUAUUACUUUUGUAAUUUUGAAUUCAAUGAUUUUUGUGUGUGUGGUAAUAUAAUAAAUGGAAAAAUUCUAAAACCA